AUGUUUCUAAACGAGGUCAACCGGACUUAUGAAAGUGUGAUUGACCCAUCAUUCCAAUCCAAAUACAAUGCAUGGUGUGAAAUUCGAGAGUCGCGGAGUGAUGAUCUAAGACGGUCUGCGCUGGGGGAUGACGCGGAUGUUGACUUCGGGAUUCUUGUGCUCCGCGUGUGUCUUCUCAGUAUUCAAAGCCUGCCAGAUGCAAAUUACCCUACCACUGGGAUCCUCAGCACGCAUCUGAACCAAGUCGAGAAUUGGUUUUGCGCGCUCGCCGCGGAGCUCGAAGCCUUGCGACCACCAGAGGAGCCACCCUCCAUUGUCGCAGUCCAACACCGACUCUGUCAUGUUUCUUAUCUGGUUGACUACGCCAAGAUUAGUGCGAGUUGGUCCACUUUGAACAAAGCCAUACAAGACGCCCGAGCCAUAGGGUUGCACCUGCGAGACCCAGGAAUUACUUUGAGCGACUUUGAGAUGGAACUUCGUCGUCAAGCCUUCUGGAACCUUUACAUAUGGGAUCGAUAUAUGUGCGUCUAUUUCAAUUUUUGGCCUCUCAUCCCCGAAGGGUACUUUGAUGUCGAGAUUCCGCGUGAUCUUCUCCAGCCCUUGGCGGGAACCCCGGGCGCCAUCACUGUCUACACGGACCGAAUCUAUCACAUCAAGAUCGCUCGCUAUAUCACCGCGUUUACGAGUCCACCUUCCUGGCACAGUGACCGUUACAAUGCGUCAACGGUAGCGGACUUUGCCCAGCAAUUCCAAGCGUUAGUCAUUGAUCCGUUACAUCCAACCUACGCUCUCGAAACCCCUGAUCUUCGAUGGGACGCAAUCGAGCCUGCGAUUCCUCGGAAGCGAGAAUUUCUCUAUCUGGCCCUUCGCCACGCCCAAGCGUCCCUAUAUCGAGCAUUUGCCGACGCUUUCAAUUGUCUGCAUAUGGCAACGAAAACGCCGCCGAAGCACGUACCGAGUAUGCUCGCUUUUAGGCACCGACGGACCUAUAUGGAUACGCUCUGCAAGACCGUUACCUGCUUAUCACAGCUCUACUCGUCGACCACGGAUGCGAGCAGUGCUGCGGAGAGUCUAUUCCUGCUACCCGCGUGGCUGAUGGACGCUUUGGCAUGUCUCGGGGUCUGUCUGCUGUCCAUCCAGGCGGAACAGAGACAGCUCGCCCGUCAGGGCGUGCGGAUCCAUGUCGACCAUGAUUUGAGAUUGGAUCUGGUCACCUUUCUGAACACUUUCGACAUUCUUCGUCUGGAAUCCUCGUCAUCCGUAUUUUUGAAAAGGGGGCUUGAAGCACUUGAAGGACUGUACCAGAUCAUCUAUCAUUCGCCCUGUCGCGAGUUGCUACUGAAGAGCAACGACGAGAGUGAAACGGCCACGCUUGGAGCGUUUAGCGUCCGGCAAAGUCAAGGGACUGAGAUGGAACUUGAGCGUGCUUUGAUGUCUCUGCCCGUUCCACUCCCGGAUCCCAACCCGCCGACAGAGGAAGUAGUGCGUCUGCCGGAGUGGUUGCCUCGAUUUUUGGAAAAGCCUGAUCGGUCUUGGAUUUUCCGCGACAAGUCAUUCUAUGGCGAUUUAUUAUCUUGA